GAUGAUUUCAAGUUGUCUUCAAUUUUUUGUGUUGUAUUUUGUCAACCAUUAAUAGUUGCACUGUUUUUGUAUACCGCAUAUUGAUUGAACAACAACAAAAAAAAAGGCACCAGCAGCAGAAGCCAGCUUGAAACUCACUGAUGGACUGAUCUUUCUUUGUAUUUAUUUUUUUGAUAAUCGGUUUCGAUUUGCCUAGAUAAGAUCAAACUCGCACUUAAAGCAUCUCCCUCUCUCUCUCUUGUUGCACCUCUUUAUAUGUUUUAACUUCACAACACUUGUCACUCAGGAACUCGGUGAAGUUUCUUCUCAAAAUACGCCAUCUCUUGUUGAUUUCUCCAAAAACAAAUAUGGGGAGGAAGCCAUGUUGUGAGAAGAAGGGGUUGAAGAAAGGGCCAUGGGAACCAGAAGAAGACGAGAUCCUCGUAAAUUACAUAAAGCAACACGGCCAUGGAAGCUGGCGUUCUCUUCCUAAGCUUGCAGGUCUUCUUCGAUGCGGCAAGAGUUGCAGGCUUCGAUGGACGAACUAUCUUAGGCCCGACAUAAAACGCGGCCCCUUCACCCUUGAAGAAGAGAAGCUUGUCAUUCAGCUUCAUGGCAUUCUUGGAAACAGGUGGGCUGCCAUUGCUGCUCAACUACCCAGAAGAACGGAUAAUGAGAUUAAGAACCUAUGGAACACUCACCUCAGGAAACGCCUACUUUGCAUGGGGAUUGAUCCACAAACUCACAAGCCCUUUCCCCCUUGCGGCGGUCCAACCGUAGCCGCACCUUCAUCUCCCGGGACUCGCCACAUGGCUCAAUGGGAGAGUGCUAGACUCGAAGCGGAGGCUCGCCUCUCCAAGGAUUCAUUGCACUCUAAUUAUCCGCCGUUUCUGAAACCAGACUCGGAUUAUUUUCUUCGGUUAUGGAAUUCGGAGGUCGGUGAAUCGUUUCGUAAGUUGAACACGGAACAUUCGACUGCUUGUCGAAGCCCGAUAUCACAGGCAUCUUCAUCGGCUGUUACGGUCGAUGCCUGCCCCAACAUAGCAGGUUCCUCAACCCCAGCAAGCAAUCAAAUCGAGGAAACAGAGUGUAAGAGCUUCAAGUCAGUCACUGAGGAACCAAUGGACGGAUCGGAUUCAUCUUGCUCGAACGAGUCUGAAGAUUCAUCGGACACUGCAUUGCAAUUGCUGUUGGAUUUCCCCAUUAACAAUGACAUGAGCUUCCUGGAAAACUGUUGACAUUGGUGCUAAUAUGCCACACCUGAAGGCAUUGUUAUUUUAUAUAAUGUUACCAC